CCCAACAUGAGUCUGUGGGACCUUUCAACCGCGCUGAUCCUUUGAUUCUCCAGAAACGAGCCGCAUUGUUUGUAUUUUGUGUAUUUGAUCAACUUUAUUUUCAUUUUUUGGGGGUUUAUUUUUUUCCUCGCGAUCCUCAACAUGGAGAAUCCAGAGAAACUAAGCCUGACGUCGGAGGAAGUGGACAGACUCGGGAAAGCGCUCAAAGACGAGCGAUUCCGGGACAUGCUGCACGAGUACGUGCAGGAAAUAUCCGACCCCGAGACUCGGAGACAAUACGAGGAGGAGAUGACACUGCUGGAGCAGCAGAGAGGUAACAACAUCGAGUUCAUCCACCCCACGCCUUUCAAGGCGCUCAAGACGAGCGUGGACGCCAAGCACAAGUGUUUCAUUAACAUCUGCGCCAGUGAUAAAGUUGGAAAGCCUGAAUGCAAGAGUGGCGUUUCAGAGGACGGCCGCAGGGGGCAGCACUGGACCCUGCCUCACAGUCUGCUCCCAGGCAGAGAGGACUCAGACCCAAAGGGGAACAAGGUCAUCAUCUACGAUGUGGUCUUCCACCCGGACACUCUCCACAUAGCGAGCAAAGACAAGAGGUUCAUGGACUUGGUGGUGAGCACGGCCGUCAACGGGAUCCAGGACACUUUAAAGGUGACGCUGGACAAAAAGAAUGUGCGACAGCUGAACGCCAAGUACAAGGGCACGCCUCAGCCGUGCGUCAUCCGGAAACCAAUAAGUGGAUACAAAGCCAAGGAGGCCUCGGAGAACCCUGACCCUCUGGCCUUCCCCAUUCAGGACGAAAUCAGACCCAACGCGACACACAACUGUGACUCUAAAGCUGAUGAAAGCGUCCAGAUCCAACCACAGGAAGCCUCAGCGCCGACCAAGCCACGUUUUACAGUGAAAUAUCGAUCCUUCAUUGACCUGCAAGACUACAGGUGCUCCAGAGACUCGGCCACGAGCCCGAGGCCCAAAGAGAUCGUCGUCACCGUCGACCUGCCACUGCUCAAGUCCGUCAGAGACGCCAACCUUGAGGUGAAGGAGAGACGUCUCCUCCUGGACUCCAAGAAACCAGCGUACAGGCUGGAGCUGCCUCUAGCAUAUCCUGUGGACGAAGACAAAGGACAGGCCAAGUUCAACAAGCAGAGAGGGCAGCUGACCGUCACACUGCCCGUCCUGCCGUCCACAGAGGCGUGGGAUUCUGCUUUGUUUGGUAGUCGAGGUGCUCAAGGGAGUGCAGGAGGCGAUGAUGAUCAUGAUAAAGAGAAUGAGACGGGAGGUACAACAGGUGUGGAGCAGCCGAGUGGUGUUGAAGAGGAGAGGAUACAGGAGGAGCUGAAGCAGCAGAUGAAGUUGGCAGAAGAUCCGGCAGAGGACAGAGAAGAAGUCCUGGAAGGUGAAGAACAAAAUGUAGAGGGUGAGGAGGAAAGAGAAGAGCAGGUGACAAAGGUCCUGGAAGGAGAAGCGCAAAAUGUAGAGCGGGAGGAAAGAGAAGAGCAGGUGACAAAGGUCCUGGAAGGAGAAGCGCAAAAUGUAGAGCGGGAGGAAAGAGAAGAGCAGAUGACAAAGGUCCUGGAAGGUGAAGAGCAACAUGUAGAACCUAAGGAAACAGAAGAGCAGAUGACAAAGGUCCUGGAAGGUGAAGAACAAAAUGUAGAGUGUGAGGAGGAAAGAGAAGAGCAGAUGACAAAGGUCCUGGAAGGUGAAGAACAAAAUGUAGAGGGCAAGGAGGAAAGAGAAGAGCAGAUGACAAAGGUCCUGGAAGGUGAAGAACAAAAUGUAGAGGGUGAGGAGGAAAGAGAAGAGCAGAUGACAAAGGUCCUGGAAGGUGAAGAACAAAAUGUAGAGGGCGAGGAGGAAAGAGAAGAGCAGAUGACAAAGGUCCUGGAAGGUGAAGAACAAAAUGUAGAGGGUGAGGAGGAAAGAGAAGAGCAGAUGACAAAGGUCCUGGAAGGUGAAGAACAAAAUGUAGAGGGUGAGGAGGAAAGAGAAGAGCAGAUGACAAAGGUCCUGGAAGGAGAAGCGCAAAAUGUAGAGUGUGAGGAAAGAGAAGAGCAGAUGACAAAGGUCCUGGAAGGUGAAGAACAAAAUGUGGACGGUGAGGAGGAAAGAGAAGAGCAGAUGACAAAGGUCCUGGAAGGUGAAGAACAAAAUGUAGAGGGCGAGGAAAGAGAAGAGCAGAUGACAAAGGUCCUGGAAGGUGAAGAGCAAAAUGUAGAGGGUGAGGAGGAAAGAGAAGAGCAGAUGACAAAGGUCCUGGAAGGUGAAGAACAAAAUGUAGAGGGCGAGGAAAGAGAAGAGCAGAUGACAAAGGUCCUGGAAGGAGAAGCGCAAAAUGUAAAGCGGGAGGAAAGAGAAGAGCAGAUGACAAAGGUCCUGGAAGGUGAAGAACAAAAUGUAGAGGGUGAGGAGGAAAGAGAAGAGCAGAUGACAAAGGUCCUGGAAGGAGAAGUGCAAAAUGUAGAGCGGGAGGAAAGAGAAGAGCAGAUGUCAAAGGUCCUGGAAGAUGAAGAGCAACAUGUAGAACCUAAGGAAACAGAAGAGCAGAUGACAAAGGUCCUGGAAGGUAAAGAUUUGGGGGAAGGUGUAAAAGGUCAGGAGGAAAAAUGUAGAAAGCAGAGGAGGGAGGGAGAAGAGAGUGAAGUGGUGAUUCAUGUGGAGGAGGCAACGUGGAAGGAACAGAACAGAGAAGGAGAGGUCGCCGCGGUCAACCUGAACGCAACAGAAAUGAAGACUCCGCAUGUCACCAGGGAAACUGAAAACACAAAAGAAAAUGUGCAAGUCAAAGCAGAUGAAUCCCACACAGCCACCAUGACCGCAUCACUUCACGACACCGCAGAGGCCGGCUCCGCCUCCCUCUCAGGCCCAGGAAAGCGGGAUGAGAGUGAGGAAAUAGACGAGGACGACCUGCAGACGGAGCAGGUGUUUGAAACCAAAGGACCAGAGGCUGCUCUGUUGAGGGAAAAGGACGCGGACGGAAACGAGAAGGUGAUCAGUGACCAUUCCACGUCUGCUGGGUUCGUCUUUCGAAACACCUUGAUUUACACGUUGGACUGAGAACUCGUAAUGUAAUUAAAUGACACGACAAAAACACUAUAAAGAGAACACAAACCUCCAAUUUCUGCUCAAUUUCUGUGUCGACAUAUCCAGAUCACGCCCUAAAUCUAAUUUGUUCCCUUUGUGACCUCAUGAAAAAUGUCACUCACGUCCGUCCUUUGCCUUUUGAGUAACGCUCCUCGACCAAAAACAACUAUUGGGCGUAAUGACACACAAAAAAACCACUUCAGGGUCAAGACAAUGAAUGCUUUUAUAUUUUAUUGACAUUUUCACACACAGUAGGUCGUAGGUCAAUAAAAACUAGCUCAGUUUAACGGAGUCUAAUGUUUUUAGAAGUGCCUGUGUUUUACUCGUAGAGGCAGGGAGACACUUUUCCACGACAUGGUCCCAGCACGACUCGACUCGACUCGGCUAUUUUGCUUUUCCAUUAGCGAUAGCACCCGCUCUGGCGAGGUUCCAAGCGAGCGGAGGCGAUACUGCACACGACACGAGCGCGACGUCGGUUAAAACGUUGCAUUAAUCUCCGACUUUUAGCACGGAAAUGUCUGAAAUCUCUACAUUUAACAGCAGAGUCGGCUGCGUUUAGCGACAGCCGCGCUGAAAAACAACUAAAACAACUACUUCACAAGUCACUCGUCCCUAACGCCGAGGCAAGGUGAGGUGGAACUAUGUGGUGGAAAAGGCGGCACGAGUGUUGUUGCCCACCACGUGUUGGAAGUGCGU